CUUCAAGGCAGCAUCGUCGAAGCGAGCCUGGACAAAGUUCCAGAAUACUUUGCCCUCUCGUACACGUGGGGGAAUCCGGAGCUAUGUAAGGAGAUAUCAAUUGAUGGCAAGACGUUGAAGAUUACGCAGAAUUGCGCUGAUGCUCUACGCCGAAUGCUGCGCGGGAAAGCGGAGCGGUUGAUAUGGGUAGACUCGAUAUGCAUAAACCAGGCGGGCGACCCGGCGGCUUUGGAAGAGCGAGGAAAACAGGUUGCGUUGAUGGAUGAAAUUUAUAGGAAGGCGACGCAGGUAAAUGUGCAUUUGGGCGUCGGGGACGCUGCUAGCGAUGUUGCUAUCAUGGCCAUGAGAAGUUUG